AUGUCGAGAGUGUGGGUUAUCAUGGGGGCGGCGGGUUCGGGGAAGAGCACCACCGCCGAGAAGGUAUCAUUCGAGCUGAAGCGAAUCUACAAGAACCGUCCCGCGCCCGUCUUCAUCGAGGGCGACGACCACCACCCGCCCGAGAACAAGGCGAAGAUGUCGCGUGGGAUCCCGCUGGACGACACUGAUCGCGCCCCGUGGCUCGAGGCAAUCAAGAAAGGCAUGAUCGACCCCAUCGGUGGCAAGGACAUCUUCGUCACGUGCUCAGCGCUGAAGAAGUCGUACAGAGAUACCCUCGCCUCCGUCGCCGAAACCGAUGUGGUCAAAUCCGUUCGGUUCAUCUGCCUCAAGGUUACCGAGGACGAACUCAGGUCGAGGCUGGAGAAGAGGCAGGAGACGGACCCGUCGCAUCCCCUCGGGGCCGCGCUGCUCCAGUCGCAGCUGGAGAGUUUGGAGAUU